UUCCCAACGAUUAGUUGUUGUUAGACUCGACUGGAGUUUACUGUUCAUUCAGUUUCAUUUUGAGCAGGUUGACUGUAUCUGUUUAUAUUAUUUUAGGUUAUGAUGUAAAUUUAAUUGGAAUGUUGUUACAUUUGAAGACUUUGAACAAUAUUUGUGAUCAUGACCGAUGACAAGGAUGCGGUAGAUCAGAAAAUUUACAGUAGUGAAUCAGGUAAAGAAAUUGAGCAAAGCCAAGAAGCAGAAGCGGAUUACUAUGCUUUGAAAAAAUGGGAGCUUGGAUUUUUAAGGCGAGAAUGUGUUAAUCUGGGAUUGGAAGUGUUCUACAAUAAGUACAUGGCAAGAGUACAGCGGAGCUAUCUGUCGAUAUUUGUUGUACUCCAAACUUUUAUCAGUAUAGCUCAUGUAGUUGUGAUAGUAACCGGAGAUCAACACCCCACUGCUGCCAUACAUCCUGAUUUAAUCUGCUAUACUUUUGGAAGCUUGAUAGUCUGGAUUUCUUUGUUUGCAGCGUUUAAAGAAAGACUGAUAAAAGCGCAUCCAUGGGUGCCAUACGUAACAUCAUGCGCUGCAAUUUUUACGCUUAUCGUAACCGAUAUUAUGAUACCACUCUACCAUGCAGUCGUUUCCUUCAUGAAUCCACCACUAAGGCCAUCAUAUGCCAGUCAUACAAUAUUCGCAAUUUACAUUUUCCUACCACUAAGCGAAAACUAUCAUGUUAUGAUACUGGGUGGCGCUACCACCAUAUGCUAUUUGAUAAUAAUGGCAUUGAUUUCUUAUCGUCUGGAAUCUGAUGUGAUCAUCAAAGUGGCAACAGAGUUAAUUUAUUUUUUAUGUCUUAAUCUAUUUGGACUGUAUUUUCGCUUAAUCAACGAAGUUGCUAUCAGACGCACUUUUUUGGACCGCAGGGAAUUGGUUGAAGGAAAUCUCCUGUUGAAAUUUGCAAGAAAUCAAGAGAAAGAAUUACUGUUAAGUAUUUUACCGGAGCAUACCGCAGAAUUAAUGGAGAAAGACAUACGAGUGAUGAUUGAAAAAAUGCGCAGCAGGCAUCAUAACAACAUCAACCCGCAUAAUUUUUUCAGAACUGGAACACAGUGGCGAUCUAUAAACAAACUCUACGUACAAAAACACACAAACGUUACAAUUCUUUACGCUGACGUGGUCAACUACACAUUUAUCACCACGCAGUUACCGGUGAAAUCUCUGGUUGAUGUACUUCACGAACUGUUUGUCAAAUUCGAUGAGGCUGCCAAGGAAUUCAAUGUGCUGAGAAUAAAAUUCUUAGGCGACUGCUAUUAUUGCGUUUCUGGAGUCCCUAUCAAGAACAAGCAUCAUGCGAAAAGCUGCGUUGAUUUAGGACUACGAAUGAUUAAAGAUAUUCGUGAUGUGCGAAUGUCCAGAGAUCUUAAUAUAGACAUGCGAAUCGGAAUUCAUUCAGGCAGUAUUAUUUCUGGAGUGAUAGGAGCGUGUAAAUGGCAAUAUGACAUUUGGUCCAGAGAUGUUAUUAUUGCAAAUAAAAUGGAAUCCACUGGUGAAGCUGGAAAGGUGCAUGUUACGAUGCAGACUUUGGAACUACUGGAUGGAGAGUACAUAUAUGAGGAUGGCACAGAUAAGGCUAAAGCGGAUCCAGUGUUAAUAAAGCACAAUAUUCAAACGUACCUAAUAGUUCCACAGUUCAGUGAUGAUAGCAAUUACUACGCACUGUCUGAUUCCGCUACAAGUAGUCGACUAUCUGUCGGAGUAAAAAGGAAAACUAUACAGAUAAAGAAAGAAAGAAGCCAAGUGACGCGUAAUUUCAUGCAAAAUUCAAUGGAACAAUUUCGUGAAAUUAUGAAGCAAACUAACGUUGAAAUGGCGAAAGAAUUAGAUCGAAUGCCAAUAGGAAAAUUUCAAUUCAAUAAAAUAUUUUCGACGAGCCGUGACACUAUUCAGCAACACACAUCAGUCUCGCAAUAUUAUUCGAAUGGUUAUACAAACAAUGAUACGAUCAGUGAUAGUCGCUUGGAUAACUUAUCGACGUUUUUCAUGUGUUUCGAAAAUAAACGUUGGGAAUGGUUAUUCAUGAAAGAACCGGAUCUCAUGCUUAAGUAUAGUGUGCUUAUGAGCUUUAUAGUAUUCGUAUGUAUUUUUCUAAUACAGGUGCUCGACAAGGCGUCCGGAUUCUACUUUUGGCUAAUUAUGACACUGUCCGGACUGAUAUUGUUCUGCUUCAUACCGAUAACGUGGUUCAAAAAAUUAUGGGACAUUUAUACACCAUAUUCAUCUGAAGAUUUAUUGCGGAUCCGGAAACCUAGUAACAUACUUCUUCGAAAGUUCUAUGACUUUUCGAAUAGUGUCAUGCGGAGCUUCACGUUUCGGACACUUAUCUAUCUCGUUACGAUAGGCAUACUUGUUACAUGUUCAUUGGCAUAUUUGGUUGAAUGCAAUUAUGAAACCAUCGAAAAGGAACAAGACAAUGAGACUGUACAUAAGGAAUCGCUCUUUGUGAAGGACUUCUGUUCCAACUCAUGGUCUGUUAGUCAAUGCCUUACUCUAGCCAUUGGAAUGGCAUUUUUGUUUCUGCGAAUCCAUUAUCUAUUAAAAGCAGCAUGUGGAUUGACAAUACUGCUCUUCUACUCAUGGGCUAUAUUCGAUGAGCUGCAUUAUAUCUAUGAACACAGUGCCAGUAUGAACCCAGGAAUGAAUCCCAAAGUUGCUCAUUUAUUGCUGGUUGUCUUCACCGUAAUUGUAUUUCAAUGGAUAGAUCGUCAAUCAGAAUACAUUGCGAGAGUUGAUUAUAAUUGGAAAAGACAGCUUUUAAAACAAAAAGAAGAAGCCGAAGUUACCAAACAGACGAACAAAAUCUUAGUAGAAAACAUAUUACCUACACAUGUUGCUGAAAUAUACAUUAAUCGCCAAUUGAAGAACGAAUUUUACAACGAGGAAUACAAAAACGUGGCGGUAAUGUUUGCAACAAUCACAAAUAUGGAUAUAAAUACGGACAUCUCCGUAGAAAACGAAAAGAGCGUACUUAAAGUAUUGAACGAAAUUAUUUGUGAUUUUGACGAAAAAUUACAAUAUUUCGACGGUUACCUUAAAGUAGAAAAGAUAAAAGUAGCAGGAUGGACAUACAUGGCAGCGUGCGGUUUGGAUCCCGGCCGAUGUGAUUCGUCAUCCUCACUUGGACCGUACCGCUCGGUUUCUGGUAUCACGAGAACCUCAUUGAUGACUAACGGACGGCGAAGUUUGAAUCCCAGAACAUCGGAUAUAUCGCCGCAGCUUCUACGUAGAAACAAUUCUAGCACAAGACAUAGUAAUAAUGUAACAAUCGUAAUGACCGAAUUCGCAUUAGAGUUGAUGAAAGUUUUACGAGACUUCAGCAUAGAAAAUUUUAAACAAACGAAUCCUGGGUUGUUAAGAGUAGGUAUAUCAAAUGGAAAAGUGAUGGCGGGAGUAGUCGGUUCAAGUAAACCCUUAUACGAUAUAUGGGGCAAUGCUGUUAACAUGGCUUCUCGAAUGGAUUCCACGGGUAUUCCAGGAAAAAUUCAAGUAACUAAGGAAAGUGCUGAAAUUAUUCAAAGUUAUGGAUAUCAAUGUGAAUAUAGAGGGGAAAUAUUUGUGAAAGGAAGAGGUAAAAUUCCAACAUAUUUUGUUAAUGUAAAUGAUAACUUUGAACUAGUUAAAUCCCCAUCUGCUGCAUCUACUGAUGAGGUUUCAACAAAACUAUGAUAUAGC